UAGGUUAAUACGGACUUGAAAUAAGUAAACCUACGUUCUACUAGUGGUGAAGUGUAUUGGUUAACUGUAAUUAUUACCAAUACCAGUCUUCAUAGAAAAAAGUCAAUUGUGAUUCCUUUAGUAAUAAAUUGCAAUACAAAAUUUUCGUUUCAUUCAGUUUUCCUUUGUCGGAUUAAAUCGUAUUAAAACGAUUGGUUGGGAAUAUUUUAUAAUACAAUAAUGGCAGUCCGAGCGCAGUUUGAAAACAACAAUGAAAUUGGAGUGUUCAGUAAGCUGACAAACUCUUAUUGUUUGGUUGGAAUUGGUGCUUCAGAAACAUUUUAUAGUGUAUUUGAAUCAGAACUGUCUGAUAUUAUACCUGUUAUCCAUGCUUCUGUAGCUGGAUGUCGUAUUGUUGGUCGUAUGACCGUUGGGAACAAAAAUGGAUUAUUGUUACCCAAUUCUACUACAGACACUGAAUUACAACAUAUACGGAAUUCUUUACCUGAUAAUGUUAAAGUACAGCGAGUAGAAGAACGUUUAUCAGCCCUUGGCAAUGUUAUGGUAUGUAAUGACUAUGUAGCUUUAGUUCAUCCUGAUUUGGAUAAGGAUACCGAAGAAAUACUCUCAGACACUCUAAAUGUUGAAGUUUAUAGACAAACUGUCGCAUCCAACUGCCUUGUAGGUUCAUACUGUGCUAUCUCUAAUCAAGGCGGACUAGUACAUCCUAAAACUACAGUAGAAGAUCUAGAUGAACUUUCUGGUCUCAUUCAAGUUCCUCUCGUUGCUGGUACUGUGAACCGUGGUUCAGAUGUUGUUGGUGCUGGAAUGGUUGUUAAUGAUUGGUGUGCUGUUUGUGGUACAGAUACAACUUCUACAGAAAUUUCUGUCAUUGACAGUAUAUUCAAGUUAGAUCCAGAUGGUGUACACAAAAUGAAAAAACUCAAGGGUCCACUUAUAGAUAGUAUAAAAACAUCUUAAACACUAAUUAUAAAUAUUAAUGAUUCAUUAUGUUACGAUAUAUGUUGUAAUUUAUAUUUAGAUAUGAAAUAUUAUUUAAGGUUAAAAUUGUUUGUCACUUCAUGUAACAAUUUGGUAACUCUUAUUGUUUAUACACAACAUAUUUUAUAUAC